AUGCCUUCCCGUUCCUGCGAUAUACCGAAUAAUCACAUGAUGUACGAACAAAUUGCUGAGCGCUCAAGCUUCGAAUCACUUCCUAUUGUGAAGGAUACGCCUAAGCGGAGGCUUAGGUAUCUGAAGGUGGAAGGAAUCUCGACCAUUAUACUUCUUCUUCUUGCCACAUUUGGGGUCAUUGAUCUGUGUUACCAAGCAUUCAGUAGGAUUUACACUACGAACUACAUCCAUAUCCAUGCAAGCACACAAACCGAGCCAAAUAUUUCCUGUAAUUGCGGAGACACCGUUGCUGAGGCCCUUUCAAACAACUGCAAAUAUGAUUCUUUAGCUGCGGCGUGGCUUCCGCCAUCUUGUCGGAACGACAACCUCACCCUGGCUUUUGAAAAGGCGGGGUCAAAUCCGGAUGGAAGCUGGCCUUACUUUGCUGAUCUGAACAUGACGCGACCGCUGUCACUGAAAGAGGUGUCUCUGCUUCCUGAUACUAGGGUAGGGGGUGGAGACGCAAAAAAUGUCUUUUUCACGACCCGCAGGUGGCAUUUAGUGCACUGUAUGUAUUAUUGGAAGAAAAUGUUCUUGUCACAACAGCUGGGAACAACAAUUGAGAAAAGAUAUAACAAUGUGGGGCAUAUUGAGCACUGUCUGAUGGCUGUACUAAAACAGGAAGAAGGCCUGGAGGAGCUUACAACGGGGGCUGGAGUGGCGUUGCACUCGGAUUGGAUCAAUGGGCGGCCGGAUAUACAAGACCAUGACCAUGAACACGACCACAACUAA